GCGGCGACGAGCAGACCAUCACAUUUACGGAGUCUCCGCGUAGUCCGGCGUUGCACACACAGACCAGUCCUCUAACCACUCCAUGGGAGCCUGCGUGCCAGCAGCCUGGAACCCAGAGCCUAUCCUGGAGCCUGCACAAUCAAUCCAGACUGAAGCCGAUGUCUUCUAGAGAGACGGACGUGCAAUCCAACCAGGGUGCAGCUGGAUUUUGAGAGGCCUGAAUGCCUCGGCGUCCGUCAGGGGACCGCUGGGACUAUUCUCUUGGCAAACUUGUGGCCAGCCCAAACUACCAUGCUCCACAUCCCUGUUAUCCUUGGUUACCGCCCAAGAUGAUAAUCUUCUGGAAUGACAUUUCCCCCCACCCCCCAUUUCUAUAAGUGAGCCGAUUAUGGCUUACAGAAGAGAUGAGAUGUGGUCUGAGGGACGAUAUGACUAUGAAAGGCUUUCAAGAGAACGGGGACCUCCGCGAAGUCACCCCAGUGAUGGCUACCAUAGAGUAGUUAAUAUUGUGCCAAAGAAACCACCACUCCUAGACAGACCUGGUGAAGGAAGCUACAAUAGAUAUUGCAGUCAUGUUGCUUACCGAGACUAUGACGAGGGCCGCAGUUUUUCUCAUGAUCGAAGAAGUGGUCCACCUCACAGAGGAGAUGAACCUAGCUAUAAGUGGACAAGAGAUGAUCAUUCUACAAGUCGUCAGCCUGAAUACAGGGACACGAGGGAUGGCUUUAGAAGAAAAAGUUUCUACUCUUCUUAUGUGAGAGAGCGGUCUCCUCAUAAAAGAGAAAGUUCUUUUCUCAGAGACUCACCUGUAAGCCGAAAGGAGUCUCCACACAGCAGAUCUGGCUCCAGUGUCAGCAGUAGAAGCUACUCUCCAGAAAAAAGCAAAACGUACUCUUUCCACCAGUCUCAACACAGAAAGCUCGAGCGUGUUCGUGCCUCCUACAAACGGCAGAAUGAAGGAAAGCCAGAAAGAGGUAAAGAGAGACCUGUUCAGUCUUUGAAAACAUCAAGAGACACUUCACCCUCAAGUUCUUCAGCAAUUUCUUCAUCAAAGGUGUUAGACAAACCCAGUAGGCUAACUGAAAAGGAGCUUGCUGAGGCUGCAAGCAAGUGGGCUGCUGAAAAGCUAGAGAAGGCAGAUGAAAGUAACUUACCUGAAAUUUCGGAGUAUGAGGCAGGACCCACGGCACCAUUGCUCAUUGACCAGUCAGAAGAACCUGAGUCAAAUGCAACAGAUGGCAUAGAAUUAUUUGAAGACAGUCAGCUAAACAAUCGCUCUAAAGCAAUAGCAUCGAAAACCAAAGAGAUUGAACAGGUUUACCGACAAGACUGUGAAACUUUCGGGAUGGUUGUGAAAAUGCUGAUUGAAAAAGAUCCUUCAUUAGAAAAGUCUAUACAGUUUGCAUUAAGACAGAAUUUACAUGAAAUAGGGGAGCGGUGCGUUGAAGAACUCAAGCAUUUCAUUGCAGAGUAUGACACCUCUAAUCAAGAUUUUGGAGAGCCUUUUUAGAAGAUUACUUGCUCAGGCAAAAAAAAAAAAAUGUUUCUAGAUUUUUUUUCCUGGAUUGUGUAAAUCCUUAAUAUAUGGAGUUCUUGUGAUAAAGAUAAAUACUUUAUGGUAGUUGACUACCUUUCCAAUAUCAAAUAAACAUCUAAAAUAGUCUAAGAUAUUUUAAUUAGAAUUUUCAUUAUCUACAUAUACAGUCUCCUAAUCCACACUUUUUACCCCCCUAAAAUGAUGGGUAAAUUAAUAUUUCAAGCCCUAGAGAACAGCCUUCUGUACUUAUGUUCUGUAGUAUUCCAUAAUACACAACCAUUUAUUUGUAUGGUCACACUAGUGUAAUUUUUAGAGAUCAUUCCAGUCUUUUUGCAUUUCAUAGUGAUACCGUGUCAAAAUGUUAGAAUACUAAGUUGUUUAUAGUCUUUGCAUUUCAUAGUCAGUGAUACCUUGUCAAAAUGUUAGAAUACUAAGUUGUUUAUAGUCUUUUUGCAUUUCAUAGUCAGUGAUACCAUGUCAAAAUGUUAGAAUACUAAGUUGUGAUUUUAUUGACUUGUUGCUUGCUUAUCUUAGGUUUUGUAACUUUUAAUAUGUUUAAGUAUAAGAUCCAAAUAACCUGCAUACUUUGGUAUCCUUAGGGAAUAUUUGCUUUGAGUAUAAUUCUCAUUGUGGUAACAUAGAGCACUUAGAUGUCUAAAAGACACCUUACAAUAAAUUUCUGUUUUCCAAGGAAGUGAACUUAAUGUCUUCUGUUAAAAUAAUCCUGAAGUUCCUGACUACUCUGACUGAUGCGUGAGUCUUAAAUAAUAUCACUUAAAAAUAAGGGUCAAUUUGAGAUGAGAUAUGAGGGCUAUUUUAAAAUUUCUAAUCAAUAGAGAAAAAUUUAGAAUAUGACUAGUGGAGUUCCAUUUUUUCCAUAGGCCUAUAUUCCCCAUCUCAAGAAAGAAGGUGAUGGAUAACAUAUCCAUGACUAAACCAUUUACAGAUAAUGCCUUUGUUAAUCUCUGUUUGUAUUCUAACAAAUUCAAGUUCUGUUACCCUUUUGAGGAGUUCUUAGCCCUUCAAAAGUGCAGAACAGACACUAAGCCUAACACAACUACCCUUAACCAAACCAUCUAUGUAAGUAGUCCUUCAUGAGCAAACCGUCCAAAUGACGGGUUAGUUAAAAAUCUAACUGGGACGAUUAGGAUAGUCUACUCAUUUCCUGAUCACUUCCAGCUGCCCAGUGGCAUUUAGCCAAAAUAUGUAAUUUUGUGGCAUUAGUUAGGAAACCUUAAAAAUCAUGUUUGUUAUUAUUACCCAGUGUCAUUAUCCUCCCAUCCUCUUUCCAUUUCCACUCUCUUCUCACUUGAAUUCUAACAUUAUUUUUAGUGACCUCUAUUGAUACUAUCUAAACAGCUACCCCAGAGUAGAUAAAAUUUUUAUUAAAAGUGGAAAUAACAGUAUAAAUAAUUUUAGCCGAUCCUAUAAUGGGUGCAUCAAAAUAUGCAUUAUGCCAUUCCACAAAUUUAAAACCAAAUUGAAGGCAAAAUUAUUUAUUUAAGCUUUCUAUAUAAGCCCACCUUGAAUUUUUAUUUUUGCCGUUUAGAUGUUAUACAUAAGCUAAAACUAAACCCCAUCUCUGGUAUUCUUCCCUAAUGUGAACAACGAUUUUGUACAACCAUUUUAGAAAGACUAAGAAAGUUCUGAUCUUGUUUCUCCCCUGCCCCCAUGUUUUUCUUCUCCUUAAAUGUUCUAAUUCUGGUUUUCAUUUUCUUUAGUCAAGAUGUCACAAGUUUAAAAAUAAAACUUUAGAAACUACUAUGGAGGCAAAGGAGUUGUUCACUUUGUUGAAAUUCAUUCAACUAUAGAAGUUUAACUCACAUAUGCAUUUAAAUGUAGGUUCAACAGAUAAUUUUUUCUUGUCCUCUUCCCCCAAAUUACAUUCAGCAUUUAAAGCCGUUUAUAGCUUGCCAUCAGCAUUAUUCUGGUAGGCUUGUCAGUGUUAAAUCUAUCCAUCUGUUUUUUGGUUUUGUUUUGUUUUUCCAAGUCUAAUUUUAGGAUAGAUUAAUUCAGGUGUGUACCAGAGUGUGUAUUUUGCAAAAUGUUCUUGAUUUUCAAAAUUUGUUUGUAAAUUAUCUGUUGUUUUUGAGUAUGCCCAAUUGAUGUAAUAAAAUUUUCAUUGUCUUAUAAAGCCUUGAUGAUCAACAGGGGAAAAACAGAUAUUGUGAAGUUUUUUGUGAACUUUAAAAGUGCAAAAUAAAGCAAACAGGUUUAAAUAAU